CCGGCAGAUGAAGAUGGCAAUGUCUGUGAUCCAAGCCUGCCGCAGCCUGGCUCUCUCAACAUGGCUGCUGUCCUUUUGUUUCGUGCAUCUGCUGUGCCUGGACUUCACCGUAGCCGAGAAGGAGGAGUGGUACACGGCCUUCGUCAACAUCACCUACGCCGACCCGGCGGCCGGCAGCACCGAGCUCCGCAGCGAGAAGAGCGAGUGCGGGCGCUACGGCGAGCAGUCGCCCAAGCAGGACGCCCGCGGGCAGGUGGCCGUCUCCGCUUCGCCCGCCGACCGCUUCGCCUGCGACCCCGGCACCCGCUUCAACGCCCCGGCGCCCGGCAAGAGCUGGGUGGCCCUUAUCCCGCGGGGCAACUGCACCUACAAGGACAAGAUCCGCCACGCCGCCGCCCAGAACGCCUCAGCCGUGGUCAUCUACAACAUGGGCUCCAGCAACGCCAACGAGACCAUCACCAUGCCCCACGCAGGCCUAGAAGAUGUUGUAGCAAUAAUGAUUCCUGAACCCAAAGGAAAAGAGAUAGUGAGCCUCCUGGAGAGGAACAUUACUGUGAUGAUGUACAUAACCAUUGGGACACGGAACUUGCAGAAAUACGUCAGCAGGACCUCUGUGGUGUUUGUGUCCAUCUCCUUUAUUGUGCUGAUGAUCAUUUCUUUGGCUUGGUUGGUCUUCUAUUACAUCCAGAGAUUCCGCUACGCAAAUGCCAGAGACAGAAACCAGCGCCGACUUGGAGAUGCUGCAAAGAAAGCAAUCAACAAGCUGCAAGUCAGAACAAUCAGGAAAGGUGACAAGGAGACUGAGCCAGACUUUGAUAACUGUGCUGUUUGUAUUGAGGGCUACAAACCCAAUGAUGUUGUCAGAAUUCUACCUUGCAGGCAUCUUUUCCACAAGUCCUGUGUAGACCCCUGGCUACUAGACCAUCGUACCUGCCCCAUGUGUAAAAUGAAUAUUCUGAAAGCUCUGGGGAUCCCGCCCAAUGCAGAUUGCAUGGAUGAUAUACCUCCAGACUUGGAAGUGUCCAUAGGAGGACCACCAACCAACCAGAUAACGGGAGCCAGCGAUAUAACAGUGAACGAGAGCUCUGUAGCCCUGGAUCCCCCAGUGAGGACUGUGGGAGUUCUCCAAGUUGUCCAAGACAUAGACUCCUUUCCCCAGGCUGGGGAGGGUAACUUCACAACAAGCAAUGAACAGGAGCCAGCAGUCAGCAGUGAUUCAGAUAUUUCACUGAUUAUGGCAGUGGAGGUUGGACUGUCUGAUGUGGAGCUUUCCACUGAUCAAGACUGCGAAGAGGUGAAGUCUUGAAAAACAAGGAGAGAUCCAACAGGAAACUCCAGGGGAGGGUCACAGGGAGGGACCAAGUCAGCUUUCUAGGAUUUGGACCAGUCAUGCACAUGCCUCCAGAGCACUGUCACUCCUGCACACUCCAUUCUGAGAUGGUCACGAAAAGCAAUAGCAACAGUUGUGUGUCUGCCUGGGUGAGGUUCCAUCAUCUCCAUCCCUUCAUCCUGCUCACAUGGGAGAUGUAAAACUCUUGGUGAACUCUUUCAGUUUACCCACGUGCUUGAGAGCAGUCAUCUCUCUCUUCAGUGGCUCAGAAAAACGCAACUGAAAUGACAGCAGCUUGAGUGUUUUCUACACUUGUUGGAUUGGAUUUUUGUUUCUUUUUUUUUUUUUUUUUUUUUUUUUUUUUUGAAAAAAAAUAAUAUUUGUUCUGUUUGUCUGUUUGUUUAGAGUUUUGUUAUGAAUGGACACUGUGUUUUGUUGACUGACCCCAGCUUUUUCAAGAGUUGAAUCCAGAAAUCUGAAUUCCUGUUCACUGGUCACUUCAUGAUCUGACUUUGGGAUUUAUCUUUGCCUUGUUGUUUCUGCUUGGAGUACCCAUGGCUAGAGAAGGAUGGUGCACCAGCUCCCUGCAUUAAUGGGAAACUUGUUUUCAUUGAGUGGGAGCCUUGGGAAUGGUGUAUUAUGAAGGCCUUUUUUUGUAGGAGACAUCUAAAUUAAAAGGAAUUGCUGAGAUUUGGGUUAAAAUUGCAUUAUGUUGGAUUUUUCUGUGCUAGGCAAGUACUGCACAGUUUGAGGGUGAAAAGGAAAGGUUUACAGCUUCACUCCAUCCUUUUAGUCCUUUGUUCUGUUUUGUGCAAUAGCAGUUGUCAUACAUUGAUGGCCUUCCUUCAAAUCACAACUGAGUAGCUGGAAAAGAAGAUCUAGUGUAGCAGUGUGUCUUUUCUUAAUUUUACAGUCCAAAAUCUGACCAGUAGGCUAAAAGGAGAGCCUGAGAGCUCUCCAGAAGCUGUGUGCUAACAGCUGUAUGCAUUAUGUGGAUGAGAAGUGAGAUGAAUACUAUUAGAAGGGUCUAGAGAUGCUGAGAUCAGGGUCAAAAAUGGCUGGUGAAGCAUAAGGCUGCUGGUUGAAAUGUUUACUUCCUGAUUUCUUUGGUGUUUUUUUCUUAGCACCUUUCACUUCUUACGUUUUGAAGGCAGUUUUAGUACCAAACAGAAAAGUUGAGGUGGUUCCAGCAUCCCUGUCAGCAUUGUCACAAGCAUAAUGGAAUACUUGCAGUUAGACAAAUACACCAGUUUGGUCCAGUUAAAAUCCAGUUCAUUGUGUAGCUUAGGUUUUGUUGAUGUUCUUAGUCCCUAAAUUGCAGAAUAACUUUGAGGCAAAGGAUUGCAGCCUAAUCAUCCUUUCCAACCAUGAUCCAGAAAUAUACCAGUACAUUUUUAUAUGCCAUUUGAAAGGAAAUCUCUUUUUAAUUCAAGAGAUACAGGCAGCUGGAUAUCUGUUUGGUUUAAAAAGAAAGUUAGAGGUUGUUCCAGAGGGCACAGCUAGGUCAUCCUUGCCAAUAUUUGUGGUUCUGUAAUCAUAUUUUCCUUAUUCUUUCAUGUCUUCUCUAUUUCUUGCUGCUAUGGGAAAAGCUGAAAACAUCAGGGGGAUCUGAUGCUGAAAUUCAUCCCUACAGAAGAGAGUUUGCACAAAAUACCACAUCAGUUCCACUUCAGCUCUGGAAAUAAUGCCAAAGUGGGAUUGAAGUGGUGCUUACACCAAAUACUGGCCCUCCACACAGGAAAGAAAUUAAUCUCAAAUGACUGCAGAGGAAAAAGUGAAGCUGGGUAUGCACAGGCAGGUCUCCUUAGGGAUAGUACACACAGUGAUACAAUUUUUUCUCUCUAGUCCUGGAGCCGAGGUGCUACAUGUCACAGGAACAUCACAAACACCAUGUCCAAGUUGUCAGUGAUCCUUCAACAUCUGCCCACUGCAGCCCAGCACACAGGCAACUGCUUCCCAGCUGAACUGGUUGGGUUUCAGAGGAGCUGUUGCAAAGUCUUUGUUUUAUUUCUCAAAAUUAAUUAAUUAAGUCCAUUUUAGUGGAUCAACUGACUACUCAUCUGCUGCCAUAGCAGAGCAAGUGAAGGCUGGGGAGAAGCAGUGCAAGAGGUGAAGCUCCCAGCUCAUAAGGAAAGGGGGUCCUUCGUCCAGCAAAAUCACUCAAAGGAGCUGUGCUCAAAGGGGCAUCACACACGUGGUAACUAAGACCCUGCCCAUGUUUCUAGGAGUUAGUGAAGGAUUUUGGAGAGGGAUUGCACUCUGCAUGCUGUUUUCCACAUCAUUCCCAGGUGUGGUCCCUUGGGAUGGGUGCAUGGCUGCUGGCAGAGGCAGGGUGCCAGCCAGAGUGAGGCAUUUUUCUGUAUUUCUGUUCUGUGGUCUUUCAAGAGGUGUCCUGGCAGAUCUGGGUCUUGAGUCUUUCUGCUUCUGUUUUUCCAGUUCUACCUGCAGUUUUGCUCAGGAAAGAUGCUUUCCAUCCCUGCCCUUAGGUGUUUACAGCUCUGAGCACUGUUAAGGGAUAACGAGUGCAAAACCAGAUUGCAAGGCACUGAAGCCAGAAUUUAGGAAAGUACUUAGGUGAAUGUUUAUUCUGUCCUUCUUCAGAAAAGCACUUAUGGCUAAUUUUGGACUUGUACCCAAAUCACAUCAUUUUCAACAAGUCUUCUAUGAGCAUAAUUCAGUUCUUGUGUCAAAUGGAAAUAUUUUUCUAAAGUAGAACCUGGCUGACAAUAUUCUUUGUAUAUAUAACCUGCUAAAUGCCUUGGGAACCUGAGGUGCUUCAUAAAAAAUAAGACCCCAGAUGUGUAUUUGUACCACGUAUGAAAGCCUUAAUUCUGCAGACCUCCAUGCCUGCACACAUUUUUGCUUAUGGGAGUUUUCCAGUGAGAUUCUUCACAGGGGGGAAAUUAAACCCUUUUUUUUUGCAGCUUUGGGCAUGAUGAGCCCCAUCCUGAGCCCUGUGCGAGUCCUCAGGACUGCUGCCCACGAAUCCUGGGCUCAGGAAUUAAAUAUGUGGGAUUCAGAUGCUGGAGACACAGAACUGCCUGUUCAGAAGGGAAAGCAGCUUUAGCAUGCAGCCAGGAAAAAAAAAAAAAAAUCACACAAAAUCCUCUGGUGCCCCCUGAUGAACAAGUGUUCAUGCACAGAAUUCUGCAGGUUCAUGGGCAUCAGGGCAGGAGAGCAUCUCCUGCUCAGGACCAGGGCUGGAGGAUGGGGCAGCUCUCUAGGAAAGGUAUUUUAUCAUUAAGCUGCUCUUCUCUCUCUCUGUGCUCUUCCUGUCCUUGUGUCUGAGGCUUUUUUCUUUUCUGUGAGCCUUAGGGAGGCUCAGCUUGACUUCAUCAUUGCAGGAUGAAGCCUGGACAGACAGAGGCUGCACUCUGGGGAUCCUUUGAUUUUCAUGGAUUUCACUGAACUGCCUUCCCAAAGGUGUGUUCAAUAGGUAGGACACAUAGUAAGUUACACAGGCAGAAUUUUGCAGUCACAAAAACCUAAUGUGUGCAUGCAGCUGUGCAGGGCACCAAGUCUGCAUCCCUUUCCUAUAUUAACCCAUUCUGGUAGGGAUACAGAUCUGGCACUUGCUGAGGAUUUGGGUUGGGGUUUUUAUUUUCUGACUGCUUUGGAGCCUGAAAUCAAGGAUCAGAACAGUCAUAGCCCUGCAGUUCAUUCUUCAAACAUUCUAUAAAAUGAAAUUGCCAUGUACACAUAUAAAAGUACCCUGAAUUGACUGUGGGAAGUGAAAACAGAAGCAGCUGCCAGUUUUAGACAUUUUACAUUAGGGAGACUGUGGUACUACUAAAGAAAAAGACUUUAUAGAGGCAAUCUUGGAAAACGUUAUUGAAAUCACAUAUGAUAGGAGGUCCCUCAGAUCUCAGUACUUUAAUGACCCACGGAUCAGAUCCAGAGGAAGUCAUUGCAAGAUGAGCAGAACUUCUCCUCGGAUGACUCAUUUGGGAUGUAUUCUUAAACUGGUAACAAAAUGAACCCAAGUACCAGAGACAGAUCCAGUUCUGAGUUUAAUCUUUCUCAAAGAAUAUGCAUUUUGUGAUACAGAGUUUUUGUUGUCAAACCCGUUCCCACCUUCUUUUUCCCCUUGAUAAAUAAAAAGAAAUGUCUGUCCAGUUUGAAAGAUGUCUCAAAAGACCUUUGCAUGUGGAUGGGUUGUCCCAGUGGGUAUCUGCACAUCAUUUUAACACCUCUGUGUACUUUUAGUCAUCACUACAACACAGUUACAGAUUUUCCACAAAGUGUCUUUCAUUUGCUGUUCUUGUUAAACCUGGAGUGCAGUCAUUGCAUAGACAUCCCAGAAUUCUGCCUUACAAACUUUUUUCUUUGAAUCUGCCACAGCCCUUUGGACUGAUUCUGUUGUUGAAAAGACAAAGACUGGGACACAAGUCUCUACACAUAAAUCUCUGGACUGCCAGCCCUUGUUGUGGCCAUUGGUCUGUACUGAAAUGACAGCAGGGGUUAUGUGUGACACUGGGAAAUGCCUUUCAGCAGCUGGGACUCUUCCAGGCUUUGUUUGUAAGAGACUCAUUUGCUGUGGUCUCAGUCCAUAGAAAAGCUCAUGACAAAGAGUAUAGUUUGAAAUAAGCCAAGAAUAGAACUUGGAGUCUGUGCAAGCCAAGAAAACCAAUAGUCAUUAAUUGAUUUCUAUUCAUUAGCAAUAAUUGACCAUUUUUUUUUUUCCUGUAGAUGCCUGUUGUAGGACCAAAAUUCCCAGUCUGUUGGGAAUAGGGGCCAGGGCAAGCUGACUGUUGAAGCAGAAGAGGGAGGGCUUGGUUUGCUGUUGGGAUGCAUCCAUUUCACAGAACUAAAAGGACACAGAGAAACCCAAAUCCAUCCUGUUCCUUUCCAGCCCCUCUCACAAAUGUUUCCUCUUUGCUGCUGGGGAAGGAGAUCAUGGGAUCACCCUAACACCACCCUGCUGCCUCCCAUGUGUUUUGUGCUGCCUGUAUCUCCUAGAUCAGGCAGGACUGCUCUGGUUCCACCCAGGGGUAUGGAGCCAGCCUAAGUUUAACUGAAGGGCUCAGUGAAAGAUGGGCCACGGGGUUUUGUCAAAUUUAGGGGAGCUGAUCUUCCUAACCAGUGCUGGCCAGGAUUGCUGCCUCACUGACACUGAGCUUUGACUCACUGGGGUUUUUUUACAGAUGCAAAAUGUGUGAGCCUAUACAGGGCAACCAACACGACAGAAAUUAAUCUGCUUGGGGGUGAAAAGCAGGAUGAAAAGUUUUUCACAAGUGGUGAAAAACAAAGUCAUGAAAUAUUUGGGGUGUGAGGGAAAACGAGAGUGAAGGUGUUAUUUUAGCAGGCUUUUUGAAUAGGGACAAUUGAAUCCAACACAAGCACUUCUUUUUAUUUCACCAAGCUGUUACCUGAACUAAUUGACAGUUUUGCAGUUGAAAGAGGAACAGCAGAUGGACUUUUUAGUCUGGAUUUGUUGGUGAAGCAGAUGGCAGCUACGGGCUUGGGACAGGGAGGGAGAGCACUGCCCUCUGUCACACAGCUUCCCCAGCAGACUGGGAGCCUGCUCUGCUCCCUUCCUAAUUUUUGGCACUUCUUUUUCAAGGAAAAAAAAAAACCUUCUGAGCAGGAGGUGCAUUUCAAAAGGAGAAACAGAGAAGAGAGAUGAAUGAAAGCUGUGUGGGUUUUGAAUGAAAAGCCACGGGAUGAAUUUUCCAUCUGAAAUUAAUCUUGCCUCUCUCAAAUGUUUUAAUUGUGAAUUGGUGGAAGUUGUUUCUCUCUGGAAUGAAUGCAGAAAAAAAAAAAAAAAAAAGAGGGGAGACAAAGAAAAAAAAUAGUGCUUUCCCUUUUUUUGUUCAUUUCACAAUUCUUGAGUCCUGUGUAGCAUUAAAACCAAUAGCAAGAUCAAGAUGCUCCUUUGGUCUGAAUGUAUACAGUUAUUUCAGAUGUCAGAUAUUUAAAUGUUUUGUGUGUGUACUAUCCUUACUUCUUGCUUCAUGUUAGCAACCUGAAAUGUCUACCAUUUUAUAAUUAGAAAUGUAAAGAGGGGACAGUGGGUGGGAGGGUCUGUUAUUUUUCUAGCAAGAUGCUCCUUGUAUUUAGUGAACAUUAACAAUGGUUUUGUACAUGUCAAAAUAUACAUUCCAUCCAUUUCCAGAAGAGAAUUAUUUUUACUUAGAGUAGUUUAUAAACCAAACAAAAAAAUGUGAUGUCCUAUUUGUACAUAGUUCAUGAACAGAGCAGAAGUGUUCUGCUUUCCAGUGAUGGCUCCAAAACCUUUUCCAGCCAGGUUUCCUCACCCGCUGCAGAGGGGACAAGCAGUGGGGUGACAGUGUUGUCACACGUGUGCUGUGGCUCCCUCAGGGUGGGAGCUGAUUUUGGACUGAAGUUCUUUAGCUAGUAGGGCAGCCAACUUCUGCAGGCUCACCAUGCUGUGUUUCUUUGGACUGUGGAAACUCUUCUUCAUCUCCAUGUUGAAAAAAACCCAGUUUUUUCCUCCAGACAGCUGCACUGUGGUUUGUGAAACACCUUGUGAGUGGCCGUGGCAAAAUCACACAGUGGGAUUUGCAUAGCAAGUUCUUUUUCUUGUCAUUAGGGUGUUUUUUUUGGUUUGGUUUGGUUUUUUUUUCCCCCUGCUACCUGUGGCUUGCUGCCAAAACAGUGCAGUAGCAGUUUGUGAAGCCAGCCUUUGUUUCUAGCAUUACUCUCUGUACAGUAUUGCAAAUACACCUGAAGUCUCUGCUGAUACAAUAUGUACAUCUUCCCUUCCAAUGCACUUUAUCUCUCUUGAAAAAUAUGGGAGUCAGAGAGCUACCAACCUAAAGGGAUUUGCCUGAAAAAGGCACACAAUUUUUUUUUUUCCUUCUUGCUUUGUUAUAUACUGUAAAUGCUAAAGAGCAUGGACAGUGACUCAGCUGGGGGAAGUACCAAAAUGUUGAGGCUAAUAUUUGGAAGCAUUAUUCAGUAGUACAACAUGACUAUUUUUGUUAUGUAGAGGAUUAUAAUGUAAAUAUGUGAGACUGUGUUAUUAUGUACUAGUAAAAUACUGCAACUCUCAAAGUUAAGAUGGUGAAUUCCAAGGAAUUUUAUUGCAAGUUUUUUAAUAAAACGCAUCUGA